AUGUCAACAUUUUAUAGUGAUCUAGCAAAAGAAAUAGAAGACGAAGAUACCCCAUUCAAUUAUAAUGGAAGUCUAAAUGAAGACAAUGAUCUCGAUGAUCUACUAAAUUCACUUGAUCAGAAAAAUGAUUUAAAAGCUCGGAAGCCAGUCAUUAAGCAGAAUGGUGAUUCAAAUUCCCUCUCAGAAUUCGGAAGACAUACCGAAAAGACUAAAAGCCAAACAAAAUCUUCCAAGACUAUCCUUGAUGCACUUAUAGACCCAUUUGAUGUUUCAGACCCUGUUUUCGCAAAGACAGAAAAACCUGCUUAUAAAUUAAAUCCUGAAUUUGCAGAUGAAUCUAAACGACGUCCUAAUUCAUCGACUCCUAAAAGAACAGUUCGAUUUUUGGACGACGUUGGAAGCGAACACCAGGAUGUAUCUGGUAACAGGCAGUCUGGUGACUCAUCUGGUUUUGAUCAAUUUGAUUUAGACAUACAAACACCUAAAACGUUAUGCAAUAAUAAUAACUCUAGUUCAAUUAGACCUCAAACAGCUCCAACAUCAUCAGAAUUCGGAAAAUUCACAUUUAAAGCUUUACUUGAUGAUGAUGAUAGCAAUAAUAAUAAUAAUAAAAGCUCUUCAAAUCAAAUUCUUAAUCUUUUAUCCGAUGACAAAUUAAUUGACAAUUCAAAAUCAAUUAAAUCUACUCGAUCUCAUACACGUCGUCCUUCAUCAUUAGAAUCGAUUCAUCCAAUCCCAAUCACUCAACUACCAAGUGAUUUCGACAAAUUAGAAAUUGAUCGUCCACGUUCAACAUCCUCCUCAAUAUCAUCAUUUGAUAGAAAAAAUACAAAUUAUGAAUCUAUAGAGUCAGAAGCCCAAAUUAAACGUCUUGAAAUGGAACGUGAUAAUUUAAUUAAUUUAUUAGAAUUAAUUAAAAAACAACAUCGUGAAGAAUUAUCAAUUAUGGAACAAACUUUAAAAACUAAAUUAGAUUUGAUUAAAGAAAGUGCAGAACGUAAAGAGAAUCGUCUUAAAGAAGAAAUCAAUUACCUUGAAAUACAGAAUCGUGAACGAUUAAUUCAAAUUGAAGAGAAACGUGAUCAUUUAUUAACAGAUUUAACAAAUAAAUUAAAUGAAGCACAUCAAACACAUCAACGUGAAUUGAAUGAAUUAAAACAUUCACAUAAUGAAGAAAUUGAAAUGUUAAAAAGACAUCAUCAAGAAUUAAUAGAUCGACUAAAAUCUGCAUCACAACUUGAAAUACGUACAAUCACUGAAUUACAACCAAAUAGUGAACAAUUAAAAAAUCUUUUAGAUCAAAUCAAAACUACUUUAAUAGAUUUAAGUAGAUCACAACAAGAACAAAUAAAAAAUACAACAAUACGACAUGAUCAAUUAACAAGACGUGAAGAAGCAUUACGUAUACUUGAAGAUAAAUUAAAUCAACGUGAAACUUCAUUGGAUUACGAACGAAAACAGAUAGCAGAUUCAUUUUCUAAAUUAGAAAUUCAAUUUCGUGAACAUACUAAAUUGGCUACAGAUGAUAGAUGGUUAACAAAACAAGAACAUGAUAGAUUGGCAAAAAUUCAAAUUAGUUUAGAAGAGGAGAGACGUUGUCUUAUUGAACAGUCAGGUAGAGCACGUGCUGAAAUGCAACAAUUAGUAUCUACUUUCAUCAAUGAACAUCGUAAUGCUCAAGCAAAAAAUUUAGAAGAACGUAAUUUAAUCGCCGAAGAACAUCAACGUCUACGUACAGAACAAUUAAAUUGGGAAGCGAAACAAAAAUCAGAUGAAUUAGCUUUAAAAAAGGCUAAAGAAGAUAUUGAUGCAAUGAAAGAGACAUUAGCAGUGGAACGUCAAUCAUUAAAUGAAAAAAUGAAUAAAUUAAGAAUUGAUGAAGUGAAAUUAGAAGAAACUAGACGACAAUUAGAUAUUGUUAGAUGUGAUCUUGUUCGUGAACAAGAAGUGUUAACACAUCGUGAAGAAUAUUUAGAUCAACGACAAGAUGAAUUAAAUAAACGUGCUGAAAUUUUAAAUCAAACAGAGAAACUUUUAAAAGAAUCUGAAAUUCGACAUCGUCGUUUACAAGAUGAACAAAAUAAACAAUUCACUGAACUACAAGAAAGAAAUCAUAAAUUACAUGAAGUUGAAAAACAACUUGUUCUUGAGAAAAAACAAUUAGCACAACAAAUGGAUAAAUUAGCUAAAUGUAAAUUAGAAACAGAUAAUCAUUUAAAACAAUCAAUGUGUUUAAAUUGUCGUAUACCAGUUAAAGAAAAUGGUUCUACACAUCGUUUACAUUAUAAAUUAGAUAAUGAUAAUACAGUAAUGAAAACAAAUCAAAAACGUAUGAUAACAAUGAAUGGAAAUAAGAAAGAAUUAAGUAAUGGCACAUGGAAUGAUGUUUCACAGUUACAUACUUCUCAAGAUCGAGAAUCUAUUCAUUUAAAUGAUGAAUGAGAAGAUACAAAAUAAAAAAAAUUGUUUAUUUUUAAAUAAUCCUUAGAUACUACUACUAUUAUGAAUAUAUGUGAAUAGGAAACAGUUUAGUUUGUUUCUUUGACUUGAUUCACUUCUCCUUUACUCUAUUUAUCUCACUCCUUAUCUCUCAAUCUCUCCCCCCCACCUCUCUAUCCCUAUCUCUCUCUAUGUAUGAUUCCCUUUACCUAUAUUAUUCUAUGUUUCUAUUUAAAAGUAAG